AUGAUGCAAGGACACCAAGACAUUCAGAAUACAAUUAACUCCUCCAUAAAUGAUCUUAGUUCCACAAUACGAGCUCUCAUCUCCCGGAUGGAUUCGCUAAUUCCCUCCAACAAUCAACCUUCAAGAUCCAGUGCAAUUCCUUCUCAACCCUUACCCAACCCCAAAGGUGGCAUUAACGCCAUUACUUUGCGGUCUGGAACCACACUGCAAGAGAGGAGUCAUGAGGAGCCAAGCUUCAAGGACAACAUUCAAGUGGAGGAUAUUGUUGAGGCAGAAGAAGAGGAAGUACAAGACAUGGUUGACGAAGAAGCAACUCAACCAGAGAAUAGCGCAUCAAAGGCAGCUGAAGCUACACGUGGCGCCAUCCCUAUUCCCUUUCCACACCUUGCAAGGAAGUCCAGAAAGCAGAUGGAACUUGAUCCCAAAAUGCAAGUACCUAAAUAUGCUAAGUUCCUAAAGGAUUUGUGCAUGCAUAAGGAUAAGAUCAAUGAAUUAGAAACUAUUCCUUUAAGUAGUUCAAUAUCUGCUUUAAUGGGGGAUAUACCUGAAAAAUAUAGUGACCCAGUUGUUGGAAUUGCUAAGGACGUGCUUAUGAGCAUUAAGGGGCUAACAUUUUCUAUUGACUUUUACAUCCUGGAGAUGCCCCCCAAUGACUCAGGAAAACCAUCAUCCAUCCUACUUGGAAGACCAUUUCUGAAGACUUCCAAGUUCAAGUUGGAUGCCUUCUCAGGAACUUACUCCUUCGAGAUAGAUGGCAGAGUGGUGAGCUUCAAUCUGAAUGAAGGCAUGAGGCGCCCCCCGGAAGAUCAUUUCAUCUUCCAGUUCGACAUCAUUGAUGAGACCAUGGCUUCAGUUCACCAAGAAGAAGUAGAAGAGAUACACAUGGAGCAAGGUUCAAGUGUGGGGACACCCCCUGAACACAACGAGGACACUUUGCCAUCAUCACUAGCUCCAAAUGAUCAAGUACCUAGCCAUGAGCAGAAAUUGGAGUUAAAGCCCAUUCCACCCCACCUCAAGUAUGCUUACCUUGAGGAUAAUCAGAAGCUCCCAGUUAGCAUUGCAAGGGAACUCACUUCCCAACAAGAGAAGCAGCUGCUUAGUGUGCUGAAAAGACACAAAAAGGCUAUUGGGUGGAGCUUGGUGGAUAUAACCAAUGGACAAUCAAAGGUGUCUAACAGAGAAAUAAAGCGCAUUCUGGAGAAGAUAGUCAAGCCUCAUAGGAAGGACUGGAGCACCAGACUUGUUGAUGUGCUCUGGGCGUAUCGGACAGCGUACAAGAUACCUAUUAGGAUGAGUCCCUUUUGCCUAGUCUACGGAAAAGCUUGUCACCUCCCAGUGGAAGUGAAACACAAGGCUUUCUGGGCUAUGAGGGAGUGUAACAUGGGAUUUGAGAAAGCUGGCACUGAAAGGAAGCUGCAACUAGUAGAACUGGAGACCCUUCGACUCGAAGCUUAUGACAACUCCAGACUGUACAAAGAGAGGGUGAAGGCUGUGCAUGACAAGCAUGUCAAAAGAAAAGAGUUUAGACCUGGGGAGCUAGUUCUCCUUUACAACUCCAGACUGAGGCUCAUGCCAGGCAAGCUGAGAUCUAGAUGGGAAGGUCCCUAUAGAGUGGAAAAGGCAGAGCCAUACGGAGUCUUCCACCUGAGUCAUCCUUCAAGCUCCAAAUACAUCAAGGUCAAUGGACAUCGCUUGAAGCUGUAUCAUAGUGAGAAAAUGAAAGACAAUAAAGAGCUAGAGGUCUUCCUCCUGGAAGAUCCACCAUCAGCAGACGAAUGA